GUAGAACAUGCAUGAGGUCUAGACUAUAGUAACAGUAUCAUCAUGCAUGAGUGCCACAGCAUCAGGUGUCCGAAGAGAUGCUUGGGGUUUGGCACAACUUUUGAUGUCCUCAGUCUCAGCAUCAGGCAUACCCACUCUUCGAAUUCUUGGAACACACCCACAUCUCCAGAAAAAGUUGCACUUCCUCUGUCCAGUGGUUCGUGUUCUGGCUUUACACUACUCACUGUGCAGCGCUGACGAUAUUAAAAGAAUAACCUCCCCGCGCCUCUGUAACAUUACGCUCGACCUUUCUGAACACAGCAGCAGCGUGUGUGUUGGCCCGCUGACCCCGAAUGUUCACAUCCUUGAAUUUAUAUAGAGCGCGCAGUUUUCAUUCAAACCAGCAAAGUCCAAGACUUGAACCUAACAUCACUACUCGACCCCGCGCUGCAGCGUGUUCGUGCGAUCCUGCCGCUUGAAUGGAGGGCGUGACAGUGCUGGGCGUUAUGAGGCAGUGGUAGGUGAUUUGGCGCAGACACACAAACCCCGGAGGGAGCAGUUAGCGAAGGGAGAACAUGCUACAGAGCGAGACAGCGGUCUAGAAAUAUCUAGACAUGUUGCAAUACUUGGGGUAGCGAUGGAAAAUGUCGUAAAGUAUUUUCCGUGCAUUGAUAAACCAGCC